AUGACACUCAAAUCCUUUCUCAAUUCCAUCGUAAAUAGUAACAACACAGGAGGUGGUACCAACACAAAUCGAACGACUAGUUCCACUCAAAACCGAGUGAAUCACAUGUUCUCCUUGUUGAACCCUUCCGGACAUUCCACUCUCCUCGAAGACGGAAUUGGAACAAGUUGUACAAACGAUGAAAGUGCUACGAGUAGUAGUAAUAGUAGUACAUUGAGUACGACUGGUCAUCCUUCCUCUCACAAUCAUCAUCGUCGUCGUCAUAUAUUACAACAACAAGAACCACCAACCAACCCGGGUUCAUCAACAAAUUUGGAAAAUAAUUCAAUAGUCGAUGCUUCUUCUUCUUCGCAUCCUCCGAGAGGUGGUGGUGGUGGUGGUGAAUUCGAUAUCGGUAGUGGUGGUAGUGGUGGUGUUGGUGGUAUUGAAGACUCACAUCAAGAAUUAGUCCUCCAUCAAGAUUCGAAAAAACAAAAAAAAGGAAGAAAAAAUCGCGGGUCAUCCUCGUCUUCUACAACAACAAACACUCGAAGAGGUCGAUCUCGAUCCUAUGACCAUCUGGAAAGUGUCACGAGCACGAGUCAUCAUUUGGACAUGACCAGUAGUGCCACUGCUCUUGAUUUAAUGUCUACACAAGGGAAUUCUUUGGGUCAUGGUGCGAAUAACAUGUCCUCCUCUUCCUCUUCGACGCCUCACAUGGAUCGAAAUCUCAUCGAACAUGAUCGAAGAAUUCAACGACAAAUUGAAAUGGAAUCAAAGAAACCAAAACGAGUACGAGUGUUGGUGUUAGGUUCUGGAAAAUCUGGAAAGAGUACUCUGAUUCGGAAAGUGAAAUUAAUUGAUGGUGACUAUACGGCUGAGCAAGCCAAUGAAUUUAAAGCUAAAAUUUUAAAGUUUGUGUUAAAUAAUGCCAAAUAUGUCAUUAAGAAUUCUGCUACCACUGAAUUGAAAGAUAAUAUUAAGAGAAAGAAUCAAUUAUUACACAUGUGGAAAUUUAAUAAUCAAAAUAUCAGUAGUGGAAGUAUUAGUACCUCUUCAACAACAACAACCACUGGUAAUAAUAGUAGUAUUAAUAACAAUAAUAAUAGCCAUUCUUCUCGUAUUUCCUCUUCACUUGGAGAGACUUGUCCAAUUUCACAGACUCGAGGCUUGUCACCACCCAGCAGCUCAACACCAUCCAACCGUGACAACGAUGAUGAAGGACAGAGAAUUACGAGUACCUUUUUAAAUCCUGAAGCUGUUGAAUUAUUUAAGAGUUUAUGGAGAGACAAGUGUGUCAAGAGUAAUUUUGAACAAUUAUGUUUGAAUAAUUCAGUACUUUAUAAUGCCAAGUACUUUUUUGAUAAGAUUGAUACCAUUGCUUCACGAAAAUAUCUUCCAUCCUCGAAAGAUAUUCUCACUACUUAUAUUGCAUCGAAUGCCAUAGAGACCAUUCAAUUGAAUUAUACAUUUCCCUGUGAAUUUGUGGAUAUUACUGGACAACGAAAUGAAAGGAGAAAAUUCAUUCAUUCACAUUUUGACAAGGACUCUGUUUCUGCCAUUGUGUUCCUAGUGUCAUUGACCGAGUAUUGUGAAUAUUCAUUUUCAUUGUAUCCUUCUUCGAGAGAUCAUGAUCAGGACAAGAACAAAACAAAUCAUGAGCCAAUGGAUCCUCUACAUUUCCAACCUACUCAACCCAAAGAGGACAAGCAUAUUCUUUCUUCCAACAUGCAAAAUUCUCUCUCUCUCUUUAAAGAAAUUGUAACUUAUUAUAAUGACAUGCCAAUAAUUUUACUCUUUACGAAAUUGGAUAUUUUCAAGAGAAGAAUUAAGAGAGUACCGCUGAAUGUCUGUUUCCCUGAUUUUGACUAUUCUGGAGACCAUGUAUUUUUAUAUACUAGUUUUAUUGCAGAUAAAUUUAUUAACGUAGACCCAACGCUUCGACAGAGAUGCUUGUACACUCAUUUUGUGGACUUGGUCAAUGAAGAUACUGCACAAAUGGUACUCGAUGAUAUUAAGGACAUUAUUCUCCAAAAGACCCUUAGAGAUCACGGCCUGUUUUGA